AGGUCACCUUAUAACAGUAAACAAGUGACAAACCCAUCUUGUACCAGAUAUUUUAUUUUAACGUAUCCAAUGCUAUUUAUCGAUUCAAUAACACGGUUGAAUUCUAAGACAACCUUUAUCUAAAUUGUAAACAUCUCUAUAUGGGAAUACUAUAAUAAUUAAUCUCAUGAUGUUGCGUUGAUUUGAAUUUAUCAUUUUGUAAUGGUACAAGAUCACCAAGGUGAUGGACAUUGAGGUGCGUUCAUGAGAAGUAAAAGAAAAUGGUGGGAUUCGAUGCAGCCGGUAUAAAUAAAUACACAAAGCUUGUUAAUAUCAUAGUAAGUCACACAAGCUUCUACAAACUACCAUCAAAAUGAAAUUCGCCAUUGUUGUCCUCGUCGCUUGCAUUGCCUACGCCAAUGCAGGUUUGAUCUCUACCCCCUUGGUGGCCACUCAUUCAGUGUCUCACCAUUCAUCAGUCCAAAGUCAUCCUUCUCCAGUUGUCCAUGCUGUGCCUGUUGUGAAGACUAUUCCAGUUGUACACGCUGCUCCAGUUGUACCAGUUGUAAAAACUGUCGUACAUACCGCACCAAUCGUUCCAAUUGUAAAAACCGCCCACGUUGUUCAUACUCCAGUUCUUCUCCACUAAAUCUCCGACUAAAUUAUACCGAUGUACAUAAUGUUGUAAAAAAUAAAUAGCCAUAGUUCAUA